AUGAAUUACCCAAGAGAUGGGGAAAAAUUUAUGACCUGCAGCAUGAACAUCUACCAAAAGUCUACUUUUUCAUCCCGAAUGAAGAAUCGUUCACACCUGGGCCAACUAGGAAUCUUCGCUGACACAGGUAGUACCUCAGCUGAAAAACUGGGGCUAGAUCCCACUCUUAUUCUCAGAUUAACAGAAGGUGCAGACACAAAAAGGACUGUCCAUGAAUUUAUUAAUGACCAGAGAGACAGAUUUAUGCUCGAGUAUGCUCUGUCAACCAAAAGAAACACAAUUCAAAAGUAUGAAAAACACACAACAAUGAAGGAAAGACAACUCAUGAAAGCAGAAAAAAAGCUCAAAGAAGACGCAAUGGCCUUUGAAGAGUUCCUUCGAGAAAACGACCAGAGAUCUGUAGAUGCUCUGAAAAUUGCAGCGCAAGAAACUAUAAACAAACUCCAAAUGACAGCAGAGCUGAAGAAAGCGAGUAUGGAGAUACAGUCGGUGAAAAGUGAAAUAGCCAAAACAGAAUUCCUCCUUAAAGAGUACAUGAACUAUGGAUUUUUUCUGCUGAAAUUAUCUCCAAAACAAUGGCAAAUCCAGCAAGCAAUGAAAAGGGUGUCAAAGAAUAAAGAAAAUGUGAAUGUCAUGCUUCCAAGUAUAAUGACAAUCUCAGAAAUUAAAACAGUAUGUACAAGGAGAAGAGAGGGCAACAUGGAGGAGUCCAGGAGGAUAUCAUUUUCAGAAGACUCUUCUCUGGGAAGGGGUAGCCAAGCAAAACCACGCAAGACGACCACUCCCACCCUAGAGCAAAAGAAAUCAUCCUUAUCAAACCAAGCUGAAAGUAUCAGUUCAGAAGACAGUUUGGAAUUCUUUUUAGAUGAUGAUAUGGACAAUGACCUGGAGCCAGAACUUUAUUUCAAAGAACCCGAAGAGUUACUUCAGGUCCUCACAGAGCUGGAAGAGCAGAAUCUUACUUUGGUACAAUACUCCCAAGAUAUAGAUGAAAAUCUUGAAGAUGUAAAUAAAAGAGAAAAACUUAUACAGGAUAAAAUAAAUACCAGCAUAGAGUUUCUUUUGGAACACAAGGAAAUGCUUAAGGCUAACUGUGUAAGAGAAGAGGAAAAAGCAGCAGAACUGGAAUUAAGGUCCAGACUAUUUAGUUUUGGAGAAUUUAAUUCAGAUGCUCAGGAAAAACUGAUAGACUCUCUUAGUAAAAAAAUUAAUCAAGUAUACAAAGUCUGCAUUGGAGAUGCUGAGGUUGCCAGCCUCAACGCAGUUCAAAAGCUGGUAAAAGUAGAGUCUCGCCUGGUGGAACUGAGUGAUCUCAUUGAAUCCAUUCCCAAAGAAAACGUGGAGGCAAUUGAGAGGACGAAACAGAAAGAACGAUGGCAAAAGUUGCGUGAAGAGAAAGUGAAAGAAAAACAAAAACACCAGGAGGAAAGGCUAAAAGCUGCUCUGGACAGAGCAGUAGCACAGCCAAAGAAAAAGCUGGGAAGACGACUUCUCUACCGCUCAAAACCUCCAUGUGUUAACAAACGUGAACUACUUUUAGGCAAGGAUACAAGAACAAAAUCACUGGAGGAAGAAUAUUUUUUCACUUGAAUAGGAGCAGUAAGACAUUUAUAACCAGAAUGCUUUAGGCAUAUUUUGUAGAUUUUUGCUUUUCAGUAAGGGCAAUAUUCUGCCCCACACACAGGCCUAACCAAUUUCAGGAAGACAGGUCCUUACUCUAAAAGGCCCUUAGGAUUGGAAAUGUGAGUUAUUUUCUUUUGUUGAAGACCUUUAUUAUCCAUACCCUAACCAUUGUUCUAUAUAGCUAAACAUUUAUACUUUCUGUUGUCCCAGGUGGGGAUAUACAUCCAAAGUGACCUUACAGAUGUAACUGUAUGGUGAAUGACCAUUUAAGUGCAAUAAUGGCAUUCUGACAGCAUAAAACUUUAAAUCUUUUUUUUUUUCCAACCAGUCCACAGGAAAGUUCAUAGUGUAAAUUUUAUCACUGUGGAGUAUACAUUUUAACAACGUACAACUCUAAAAUAUUGAUUUGAGGAGUUUAAAAAUUAAAUGAAAAGUACUAGAUUAUGUUCUCAUGAGAACAGAAUGAGACAUAAUCAACUAUGAGACUGAUUUUUAAUUCACAUUAAGGGGUUCUGUUCAGAAAACUUAAUUCUCUUAAGUGAACAAACCAUAUGUCUUCAGUCUAAAUGUCAGUUCACAAUUUCUGUUGUGUUCUAUACUCAAAACCAUUUUAAUUUUCAGGUGAUGUUUCAAUUUUAGCUGUAAUAUGCAUAUCAUUUAGCUCACAUUGAUAUAGAAUUAACAUGUAAUUUAUUGACUACUAAGUAAAAUAAUACAGUCUAUAUUAACUCUAAGAAAAUAUUUAACUUUAUGUGUCAAAAGUGGCUCAAAAAUAACUUUAAAAGAAACAGUUGCUUUUAAAAGGUCUCAGUUAAUAUACAAUUACAAGGGCUAAAAUUGACUUUCAUAAACAUUUAUAGAGCAUAUAAAUAAAUUUCCCUUAUAGAAAAAAAAAUACAGCAUUGGGCUU